AUGACGACAGCAAGGACACUGACCAAGGAGUCAGAGACUGUAAUAUCGACUGCUAGAGACAGAGAGAGAGUUUCUGAUGCUAUUGUCGAUGUGCCACAAAUUGCACCACUAGCCAAGUAUAAGUUGGUAUUUUUAGGUGAUCAGGGAGUUGGCAAGACGUCGAUGAUUACACGUUUUAUGUAUGACACAUUUGACAAUGCGUAUCAAGCGACUAUUGGCAUUGAUUUUCUAUCCAAGACCAUGUACAUGGAAGAUAGAACUGUACGAUUGCAGCUCUGGGAUACGGCGGGUCAAGAACGCUUUCGGAGUCUCAUUCCCAGUUACAUUCGAGACUCAUCAGUGGCUGUUGUUGUCUAUGACAUUACAAAUCGAGCUUCGUUCUUAAACACGAGCAAAUGGAUUGAGGACGUCCGGACGGAACGUGGACAGGAUGUCGUGAUUAUGCUCGUGGGUAAUAAGACGGACAUUUCAGAUCGACGCCAGGUCUCGAUUGAAGAAGGUUCAGACAAAGCCAAAGAGGAGUACGUCAUGUUUAUCGAGACGAGUGCAAAAGCGGGCUACAAUAUCAAAGCACUCUUCCGUAAACUAGCGACUGUGCUGCCCGGGAUGGAAAGCACCAUGAUAAGCGGAGACUCGAAUCUGAUUGAUAUUAAGCUGACAGCUGCACCGCCUCCGAAGGAUAACACUGCGGAACAAUGUAAUUGCUGA